AGGACACGCCCUGUCGCUGGAAAGUGCUCUCUCCAUCGCGCAGCCUAGUCUAGUCUCCUAAAUCGCUGGAUGUAUGUUUCCCUGCGUUUAAUCCCUUUAAAUGACAGCCAAAAACUUAAAGCAUAGAUAAUAUCAGGCUGUCAAUCUCCUUCUAAACUGCACCGGGGCACCUCCUCCUGUUAAUCUCGGCAAAGAAAAGAGAGGCUCUACCUACCGGGCAUGUCUGCUAGAGUGGCUCAUGCGCAGGACACACACCACCACUCCACAGAGAAGCCCCUGAUUCAGUGCUACAAGUGCGGGGAGCCAUGUAAGGGUGAGGUGCUGCGGGUGCAGAACAAGCACUUCCACCUCAAGUGCUUCACUUGUAAAGUGUGUGGCUGUGACCUCGCCCAGGGGGGCUUCUUCAUGAAGAAUGGAGAGUAUCUGUGCACGCUGGACUACCAACGCAUGCAUGGCACCCGAUGCAAUGGCUGUGGGGACUUUGUGGAGGGGGAAGUGGUCACUGCCCUGGGCAAGACCUACCACCCCGCCUGCUUCGUCUGCACCAUCUGCAAACGACCGUUCCCUGCUGGGGACAGGGUGACCUUUAACGGGAAGGACUGUCUCUGUCAGUAUUGUGUCGAGCCCAUGUCUCCAGGACCAAAGGACAUCCUGGGCUCUAGCAAUUGUGCGGGAUGCGGUCGAGACAUUAAGAACGGACAGGCUCUUCUAGCUUUGGACAGGCAGUGGCAUCUGGGCUGCUUCAAGUGUAAGGCCUGCAGCAAAGUGCUUACCGGGGAGUACAUCAGCAAAGAUGGCGCCCCCUACUGUGAGAAGGACUACCAGAUCCACUUUGGAGUUCAAUGUGAGGCGUGUCAUCAGUUCAUCACAGGGAAGGUGCUUGAGGCAGGAGAUAAGCACUACCACCCCAGCUGUGCGAGAUGCAGCAGGUGCAAUCAGAUGUUCACAGAAGGAGAAGAGAUGUAUCUGCAAGGAUCAACAGUUUGGCAUCCUGGCUGCAAGAACACUACCAGAACAGAGGAGAGACACAGGGAGCGGCCUACGAGGUCGUCAUCCGAGAGUAUUUGUUCCAGACCUGGUUCAAGCAUACCUGGCUCACCGGGUCACACGAUCUAUGCAAAAGUAGACAAUGAGAUCCUUGAUUACAGAGACCUAGCUGCUAUUCCAAAAGUCAAAGCCAUUUAUGACAUUGAACGCCCUGAUCUUAUUACCUAUGAACCUAUGUACACCACCUCCCUGGAUGAGAGAGAGGAGAGACGAGAGAGUGUGGGCGAGCUCCACACUGCCAGGAGGGAGCGUUCCCCCUUGCCCGAUGACAAGUCUUCAAGAAACAUGUCACCAACCCCGCCCGGUGAGGGCUCUUUUGACAGGAGGGAACGCAUCCUCCAAAGGUCCACCAGUCAGGGCUCCAUAGGAUCACCAGUUUAUAAUCGCCAUGGUUACACUCCCACCUUGUCGCGGUCACCACAGCAUUUUCACAGGCCAGAGGCUCUGACAGGCAUGCAGAAGCUCUGCUCCUCCCUGUGCAGUAACAGUGUGGGCUCCAGAAAUAGUGACUCCCGCCCUACCUCCCCUUUCAGACACCACUUCCUCCCCCAUAGCCAAGGCACUGACCCGCCAAGUGGCCGGAGCUCCCCUCUCCCGCUCAGGCCUGACAGCCGGCCGGUCACCCCGCCUCUCUCUCAGACCCCUAAACAUUUCCAUCUCCCAGAUCAGGGGAGCAACAUCUACAGAAAACCACCCAUCUACAAACAGCACGAUACAGCUGCCAUAGCACGCCAAAGCAAGUCUGCUGAUGACAUCAUCAGAUCCGCCACCUUCCCCGCUGCCCAUGCUCCCUCUCCGGAUGACAGCUCACGGAGUGAGGGCGAUCUUUGGCCCUACUCUCUCGCUGUAUUAGCACCCAUAGGGUCAGAAGGGAGGAGACGAUCCAGAGAAGAGGAGGAAGAAGAGGCCUUGAAAAGAAAGCAGCUGCAGGAGGAACAUCUCAGCAAGAUUCAGUCUGGUUUGGGAAAGCUCAUUCUGAAGGAGGAGAUGGAAAAAGAACAGAUCAGGGAGCGUCACGCACGUAGCCUCUCUGCUCAACGCUACGACCCCAAGCACACCAACUGUGACGCAGAUCCAACUUCUCCAACAAAAACUAACUCUUUGCCUGGCUAUGGAAGGAACGGGCUACACCGGCCCCAGUCAACAGAUUUCACCCAGUACAACAGCUAUGGUGACAUGUGUGGAGGAGGCAGAGAGUUUCAGCACAUUAAGGAUGGCCGUGCAGCACUUGCAAGGAUGGACAGGGGAGUAUCUAUGCCUAAUAUGUUGGAACCAAAAGUGUAUCCCUAUGAAAUGCUCAUGAUAACCAGUAGAGGGAGAGCUAAACUGCCCAGGGAUGUGGACAGAACCAGACUGGAGCGCCACUUAGCACCUGAAACGUUCUUUGACAUCUUUGGAAUGGAGAUCCAGGAGUUUGACAGGCUUCCCCUGUGGAAACGCAACGACAUGAAAAAGAAGGCCAAGCUCUUCUAGCACUCAGAGCAGCAUGCAUAUACUGUACAUUCAUUCAGAUAGCACACAACAACUGUAAUCUAGAUGUAGGUUUUGGUUUAUUUCCUUUUCUUCUGUUUUUUUUUUUUGUUUGUUUUAUCCUGACGUAAUCAAGGAAGCCAUGAAAUGGACUCUUUUUGCUCUGAUGCUUCCUGCGACCGCGAGCUGAAUGAUUUGUCCAGUUAGACUUGCACAGGAAACAAGGAAUGGGAAUCUCUUCCAUGUUCAAAAAUGACAAAGAAUGAGAAUGAAUGAUAAAUAGGGUCAUGUUAUUUGGUUUGACCGCGCUUGUUUUACUUCUUGCUUUGCUUUGAGUGGAACUGCUUUCCUUUCUUUCUUGCUUGUUUAUUCCUACUAUUUGUUGCUGUUGAUUCCUGUGGAACUUUGUAAGUACAAUAGAACCUCAUGGCGCCAUUACGAAAUGUCCAUGCUCGUAGCUUGAACAUGUGUCAGCUUUCCUUUGCUUGGGCUGAAACAGUUUUAGUCCAAAGUUUGCAAGAAUCGGCUCAGUGAGUCUUUGAAUUUAAAAAAAAAAAAAGCCACUGGGAAAG